AUGAGUGCCAGGUCAGCAAAGACAGCCAAUUCAGCAGCCGGCCAAUCUCUUGGCCUCUUUGAUUCUACUCCUGAACCAAUUGAUGUCCAAUUUCAUCUUCGUGAAUGCCCCUUUAUUUCUUUCAAGAAAAGAUUAGACCUUUCCUCUGCAACUAUUUAUGAUCUUAUGUAUACAGUUUCAAAGCAUCAUGGUGGGACAGUAUCACCAGAAGAAGUUCAUGUUUUUAUCAAAGAAAAUGAAGAUAAUUAUAAACCAAUCGAGGAUUUUACAAUCAAAUUAUCAACAUUUCAACCAAAACCAGGAACUGACGAAGAUGCUGAUCCAGAUGUAAAUAUUUUAGAAUUUUAUUACGAUUUUACACCAAUAUCAGGUAGUCUAUUGAAAAUACCCAAACUAGAUAACAAGAACUAA